AUGGAAAAUUUAGUUGAUCAAGGGAAAGUUAAAGCAAUUGGAGUGAGUGAUAUUACGAUAACAACAUCGAAUAAAUGUGAUCAUUUAGAAGAUUUUCUUAAAGUUAAUGAUGAAAAUUUCCAGUUAGCUGAUGAUGAUAUCAAUGAAAUCGAUGAAGCUGAAAGUAAAUUUUACUAUCGUAGAUGUUGGAAACAACAAAUUGAUGGAUCAUAA